GAGGCCAUACUGGAUAAUUUUUUGAUCAAUAUCAGUCCUUUCGUUUCCUACAAAUGCACUACAAUUAAUGUGCAAAUUGCAGAUGCUCGAUAAGAAUCCAACAUACUUCUUGGUAAAAUUUGACGUGGCACGUAUUGCUAAGACGUGAACUAUCGCGAUGGGAAAUGUAGUAUUAUCAGUUACUACUGGCAUCGGCUUGUGCUGGUGUGGAUGGUUAAUCACUUAUCCUGUAUUAUUCUGGUUACUGUUUACCGAAUAUUUCUGGAUACCGUUACUAGUGUUUGGUUGGAUGCUUCUGGAUGACACGCAGAAUCAUGGUGGGCGCUCAUGGCGACCGUUACAAAAUUCCAGCAUUACCAGCCAGUGGUGCUCGCAUUUUCCCGUUAGUCUGCAUAUAACUGCAGCGGAGCAGAUCACACCGGCCAAUAAUUAUAUCUUUGCAUGCCAUCCGCAUGGGAUCUUCGGGGCAGGCAUUACUUGCGCGCUCGUCACUGACGGCCUACAGAUCGCUAAGCGGUUGCCGGGGAUGCGAUUUACACCGCUGGUGUCGCGAGCGGUUUUCGCUUUUCCCCUCUUUCGGGAAGUGUUUCUGUGGAUGGGCUGCGCUAAUGCAUCGCAGCGAAAUAUGGAGUAUAUUGCCCGGUGUGGAACGGGGAACGUGAUGCUGCUGGUACCCGGAGGUGCCGCUGAAAUGUAUGAAGCAAGACCGGGGAAAAAUACGCUAAUCUUGGAAGAACGGAAAGGGUUUAUACGAGUUGCACUGCAAACCGGAUGUCUUCUGGUGCCGGUGUUCUCGUUUGGCGAAACUAGCGUUUUUGAUCAGCCUUUUUAUGCUGCGGUUGGGUCGCGUCUGCGAAGAUUCCAAAGGUGGUUUACUUCUUUAACCGGGUUUCCUAUGGUCCUGGUUCAUGGUCCUUCCAAAAUUGUCUUUUGGCGCCCUUACAAGAGACCCAUCCAUGUUGUGGUCGGCAGGCCAAUCGCAGUUGGGAAAGUUUCUCAGCCUACCCAGAAGGAAAUCGAUGAUCUCCAUGCAAACUACAAAUUAGCGCUCAACGAUUUGUUUAACUCGUGCAAAAGUGUGUAUGGUUUCGACAAAGCUCAACUAAAGUUUUCUUAAAUAGUGAAAUUUAGCUGCAUGGAAAGCCCUGCUGUUAGGGUAGUAGUUAAGCCGGUCUUUGAUGACUUCGUGUUACUGUAAUUAAUUUUCCUAAAAGGCGCAAAGCAUUGUAUGUUAAUCGUGCUCCGUGGUUGAAAUUCAUGCUCCGUGGUUUUGCAUGGUUACAAGGUUUCUAAACUGCUCGAUUGGGCAAACAAUGCUUUCAUGUCUUUAACACCAUGCGCAGUGUCGCCAUAAUCAAGUACCUAAUGUUUUCUUCAUCUCGAGCCUCGUUUCGCUUUUAAGUUUUGGCAACGGCGGCUGCUCGUUAGUCAGCAGUCACGAGUCCUAUCAGCAAUU